AACAUAGCUUGAAAAUAACGCUACAAAAUAUGCUCAACCAAGGUUAUCACAUUUUAGCUGAGCUAACCCUCCUAAAACUGAAAAACAUCUCUGGAGUUAUUGUUAGCCCAUGUGAAAAUGAUCCACUUAAAUGGCUCGGGAUUAUUUCUGUUCGAAGUGGUUACUAUUUUGGAGGAGUUUUCAAUUUCGUCUUAUCUCUGCCAAAUGAUUUUCCAUCAACAAAACUGCCGAAGCUCUAUUUAUGUAAAGAAUUUUAUCAUCCUCAUGUAGACUGGAUUACCGGAGAGGUGAGCGUGCACACGGAAUUCCCGAUAUGGAAUCCAGACAAGCACCAUAUUUGGCAUAUUCUUCAUCAUUUUAAACGGUUGUUGACUAGUCCAACAAGUAUUAUUGUUUCAUCACUUGCAGAACAAACUGCUUGUAUCAAAAACAUGAGAGAUGUGAAGUAUGCUAAUCCAGAAGCAGCUAACGCACUGAUUCACCAUCCGGAAGAAUUUGAUACUCGGGCUAAAGGAUGUGUCACUAAACUCUCUGUAUGGACACAGCCAUCACAGGACAUCCCUUCAUUAAAUCUUUCUGGAUGGAUGAAUGACAGUAUACUGAGUGAUGCACGAGAUUUACUGCAGGUAAUUGUCAAGAUAUUUAUUCGGAAAAUCUUCAUUGUCAGUGCUACGAAAAGUGUAGUAUUUUUUUCAGCUUAUAAGUUCAGGUCAGUUUCAUACGGAGCCGGUGUUCAUCCUGGCAUUGACUUGGCUAGUAUAUUAUCGGAAAUCUUUGACGCAUCAAUAAUGUAAAUUAUAAGGUUUGAUGUAAAUCUCACGAACUACUAGAAUUUUACAAGGAACUUUGAAGGAUGAGUUGAUAAUGAAUGCAUCGGAUACAAGGCUAGGGUAAACUGUUAGUUCAGCAUCGUUAGGACGAAGUAAAAAUCAAUAUUCUUUUUAUUCACUUUUAUAAUUACAUGUAGGUUAUCGUGAGAUGUUUCAGCUUCUAGAAGGAACACUUGAAGAAAAGAAUACUGUAUUCCGUACACUUACCGUUUAGGUGUUGAAGUUUUCCAAUAUGUAAAGCAACUGCCUAGAUAGUUCGAGAGAAUUAUUGCAUAAGUUGCAGUUAUCUAGGAAACUUUUGUCUAGUCAGUGAGCUGUGAGUGAUAAGGUGAUGAACACUUUCGGUUGAUUGCAGUCCAUCGACAGAAGCCUUAGUAGUGUAACCAUAUGAAUUUCUACCCAUUGAACAGCAUAUUGGUGUCCAACAGCCCAAUAUAUACCAAAAGUCUUCAUCAAUGGCUGGAAGAUUCUUUUGGUGAAUGGUAGCACUAUCCACAAAAUUUCUGGCCAUUAUGAGUAAGCAUCCACAAGUUGUGGUUAGGUAAUCCCGUUUAUCGGGCUGACAAACAUAAAUAUAUAAGGUGGACUUAAUGAAUGGACUAUAAAUCUUAUCUUAAGACGGUACGUUCAAAUAACUUCAACAGUCACAAAACAUCGAUACUUAAGAACCGUUUAUUCGAAUCGAUUAGAGGAAUGUUUAUUGUAAUGCUACACUAAUGUUUACAUAUCGCAAACUAGUUCUCUGUAUGUGUUCACAAUAAGUUUCCUUAUUUGACCGCCUGUGGUCGUUUGCGAAGUACAAUAUCCAUUGCUACUAUUUUUUUCAUCUAAUUCAUUUACUGAUUCCAAGGUUAUUUUUAAAGUCUACACCAAUAUUCCUAGAUAUUUCCUCCCUUAAAUGUUGGAAGCUGUCAAUUCGAAAACAUAAACAAGACUACUGGCUAGAAGAGUAGUUUUUUACGCUCUAAAAUAACAUACAAAAUAUUAACACAAAAACAUGAAAUGUCGUAAGCUAUCGGAGGAAAUCAGUUUUUAGGUCACUCACUGUCCAAUAAUUUAAAACCUGACUGUUAGGCUUAAUUACAGACCAUCAUAUCAGAAUGGUCUAGUGAUUAUUGGCAUACGAACUUUGAUAUUAUCUAAAACGAUAAUAAAACUUCCCAAUCAAACUAUGUAGCUCAGAGAGGAUAACAUGAAAGAUACAUGGAUUUCUUUUGUUAAUACUUCAACUGUCCCUAUGAUAUUGAACAGUAUAGGAAUGCUAAACAGUAAUUAACAGGCUGAAGUUUUAACCAAUAAGUGCUGGGUUUGAAUUUCAUUGAAAAGGAAUUAAUGUGACUGUACAUUCAUCAGGCAAAUCGCUUUAUAUCCGGUACCAAGUAAUGUUAAAGUGGAUUUUUACUAUUAUCAUUAUUACCAUCAUCAUUAUAUUUCGAUGGAAGGAAGUUUGGGACUAAAUUGCUGAAAUCAUAUGUAACAUUGGUGCAAACCACGAUUGAUGUGUAACUUAAAUUUGGCGUUUGGUUUGGAUAAUUCAAUAAAAAGACUAAAUUUAUCAGAACUGAACUUAAUUUUUUAAAUUGAUUUGAUUAAUUAUUCUAACAAGAAAAAAUUAGUAAAAAUUACGUGCAUAUAAUUUCUUUGUAAAUUAAAAAAUCCAGUCAUUUCAUCCUAAAGAAACUAAAAAAAAGUGGCAACGAUGGUAAGUUUCUUGUCAAUCAACAUAUAUUUCUAAUUACACUAGUAAUUAUUGAACCUGAAAAAUAAUGAAACAUAAAAGUCCACAUGAAAGUGAUUAUUCUCCGUCCAGCUAGGUUGAUGAAUUAUUCUAAUGCAUCAUUUCAGUAUUGGAUUUAGGUGGGUAAACAUUGUAAUAGGUGUUUACAAAUGCAAAUAAAUAACCGUGAUAACUCAAUGUACAUAGUACGUUCAAUUAAUGCUAGACGUGUAAUGAGUCUAAUAUUAAUGAAUGAUUGAACAGUUUACACUUCCAUAAAUUAAUGAGAAUUAAAGAAAAUUUUUGAUUCAGGUCAUAAACUGAUUGAUGUGAGACCACCAUUGAAGACCUGGAAGCACCAGACGGCUGUCUUGUCCUAUGGAUAUAACAUCUUUCAAUGACUCUAUACUUUACGGUGAAUUGUUUUCCAUAUUCACCUCGUAAUAGGGUUAAAUGGGUAGAAGUUAAAUUGUCGGUCAAAAAAUGAAAUACAUAUAAGACGUUCCCAAAAUAAUUUGUCCCAUUAAUUUUAUGUAAUUACACUAUAUGUCAUACUAUUGAAACCAGGAAACUGAGGACGUGGUUUCUAAUUACAGUGAUUGAAAGAUUGCAUUACACUGAUAAACUGUGCAAGUCACUGCCGUUGCAUUUUCGCUUGGUGAACGAGCAUGUUAAAAAGUCUCUUAGGGUCCACAUCUUCGUCCAUGUUAUUAUUUCCGUCAUUAAACUCUCCACAGUUGAUCAACAGCACAUCAUCCUCUUCUUGAUGAAUUGGGGUUGUAUUCGAAUUCACGUUCACUAGAUAAUUGUGAUGAUUAAAGGCUUUGUUUCUUGGCAUUUCAUCAGCCAUAGGAGGAUACACUGCUAUGGAGAGGCUCAAGCGUACUUGAUUGCACCCAAGAUGGUCUUCCCAUAAAUUAUGUUAUGGUUAAUAUUUUAAGUCGUCUCAAACUGCUGGUCCUGCGUACUCUGAAUCCAUCAGGAAAUUCUCUGCUUACUCAGCUCUAUUUCAUGGAUAGGGAAAUAGUUUUCGACAGCCGCACUGAAAAGUUUGUUAUAAGAUAGCAACCACCUUGGACUAGCAAUUUCUGUGCAAACGGCCGUGCUAGUAUGUUACCAAUGGACAAUCAGAUGUCAGCACAGCAAUCCGUUUUCAGUUUAAAAGUGCCAGGAACAGUUGGUCAUGUUGCUGUAUAUGUUGAAGGUGCAUAUUUCUUCAACGACUGUACACAUAUCGACUGAUGUAAUCAUCUUUGUCAUAAGUAGGCGUAGAUAACGCUUCAAUAACUCAUAUGCAGCAGGUGUCAGUUUUUCCCCGCAGACGAUGAAUUUGAAUUUUAGAUCCAAUUAUUGGGGUAGUCUGUCGUUUGUUUCUGAACACAUGCUUUCAUUCAGUUCCCAGCCUACAAAAACAGAUUGAAGAUUGAUAUGGGUACGUGAGUAUUUCUUGUUAAUUUGUGGGGUUUCUGAAUUCUGUAUUGUCUCCACCAAAGUGGUAUUUCAUUGUUCUGGGAGUCGAGCAGCUAGCCGGAAUGGAUUUCACAUUUUUGUUUCAAUAACAAUUGAUCUUGUAUAGGCUAGAUGAGAUCCGGCGUCUGAUUUUUCAAUCAUGGGUAGAUGAUUUCGAAAACUAGAAUACAGACUGGUUUAGUAUAAAAAUUUCUGUUUACCUGUGCACAUUUUUAGUUACUGUCAUGCGGAAGGACAACUAAACAAUCUCUGAUUGCACCCUCCACAAUUCCAUUUAAAGUUAAGGAUAGUUCGCUUAGUAACACACUAUUUUUAUCAUGUUUCGAAUGAGAUAUGCACAACAUAAAAUUUCGGAUAAACUUCUGUUGCUCAUCUUCUCUUCACACGUCAAGCAAAUAUUUUAAAGUAUAUUGAGUUUUUUUAGCAGACAGUCAUCAGUGUCAAAUUUAUCAGCUCCCCUCUUUUUGCAUUCAACAACACUUUGUUCUCAUCCGGAAACCACUUUGGUCAUAUUGAUUUAUUAAAUAACCUAGUUUUCCUCAUUAUCUUGAGUCCUAAUGUAUCUAGUUGACCUUUUAUUUACCAGGUAUGUAUAAGAUCAAAUUGUUCGAAAUGUUGAAGAGAUCAAAAACAAGGAUUCUAGCAGAAUAGCAUGAAUUCAUUUUAUUUCGUUUAGUUUUCGUCAACUGCUUACAACCUUUGAUAUUUAAAAACAAUUACAAAAUGGGUUUAAAUUACUUACACGAAAGUUUAGUUGGAAGUUAUCUUGAAGACACGUCAGUAUAGUAUAAGAAGUGUGUAAAUAGAUGUGGAGUAAAUAUUGUAAAUAUAUAUGUAAAACAACAUUCUACAACGCUGAUUGUAACAUGAGUUCAAAGAGCCAGAAACAAGUGAUUACACGAUGAGUGAACGCUGUUAGGAAUAAAAUGAGUAAAGCCUAGUUAAUAAAAUGGGAUUACUAAUGUGCAAGACAGACUAACUAUAAAAAAAUCAUGUAGUUAAUGCAGGAAAGAUUUCUAAAAAAUUGUUAAGAAGCAACAAAUAUUUAUAACAUUUUUAGCAACUAUCCUCCGAUACUGUCUAGUACUAUAAACAGAUGUCAGCUAUUUAGAAGUCCGUCCUCCCUGCACAGUUAAUAAAUUAAAUUUUAUAGUAAUACAUCACUGUGCAUAUUCACCACUAUUUUCUUUGUUUAGUUCAUGGCUUCCUGAAGACUACUUCUUGUCAUAUAACAUAAAAAUAAUUUCUUGUUACUAGGGUUUUUUGUAAACAUUGUAUUUUAUUUUAUAAGUUGUUUAUGUUUCUUAAAUGCUAUCACUUUAUUUUCUUUAAACUGAAAAUAGAAAUUCAAAGAUUCCAAUGACGAUGAGGAAAAAUUUGUAAGUCAAGGGUUUUCUUGGAUCGAUCCAAAAAGUAUGUCGAUAUUUUCUAGUUAAACACCUGUUAAACCGAAUUCUUCGACAUAUACAUAGAAGUUUACUAUUUCUUAUGAUACUUAGAUUCUUUUUUCAUUUUUUGUAGACAGUUUUGUAUAUAAUGAACGAUGUAGAUUAAACUAUCAAACGUUUUCUCCCUCUACCAACGCUAUAAUUACGAUAUACAGCAUUUGGAUGCCAAUCUUACCAUUGCUAUCGAUAUUAUUUUCUACUUCUGUUUAUUGUAAUGCCUUAUUCCUUUUAAUUACUAUAUUGCUGUUUUUUUCUAACAUUAUAGCUACAUAUAUUAAAUUAUCAUUUGGGCGUUUGACUUUUAAUCGUAGGGCUAUAAGUUCAAGGUUCUUCUUCCUAUCAUACUCUUUUACAGACUAUUGGUUAAAAUGUUUCCAAUUUCAUUAUGUCGUUUUUCUGACUAUAGAAAACAUUUGUCAAGUUGGUUUUUGUCUCAUACACCAUUGUCGAAACAAAUGACUAGCGUAAAUAUUUAAGAUACUGAAAAAGCAAUAACAACUAAACUACUAACUUUUAGACUAUCUUUCCCGGUCAUUCAUUUACAUUAUAUGGUAGCAGAUAUAAAUUAGCUGUAAAUUUUUCAUCUUUUUACUAUCGUGCGUAAAAUAGAUUGGAUUGUUUCUCUUUACUGAAUAUCAUGGCUUAUAUAUGUUGACUUGUAGUGAACAUACUUACACCUGUUACCCCUCGCGGAGGAGCUUAGUCCGCUGACCAGAAUAAUUGUUUCUUUCUGGUUAGCGCUCUUUAUGAAGGCUGUUUUCUACUGGGUUGAGUUGCUGAACCCUCGUCUAUCCCGGCUUGGGACCGGCAGUAACUACAGUCGUAGUUAUAGUAUUUAUAUACCCUUGUAUAAUUGUGAACAAUAGUAUUUUAGUCCUUCUAUUGGAGAUUAGUAUAAAAUUACUCAAUAUUACUGUUUCCCAACUAGAGAUUCAUAAUUGGUUGGAAAACGUUUAUACUUUGAUUGGUCGCUAUAGUUGAAUUCUGUCUUUUUUUUUAACAAAACGACCCAUACUCGUAAACAAUGUCAAGCAAACAUUGUGAUUGGUAACUAUCCGUUUCUCAACAUCCAGUGUUUGUUAUUCGUUAAGUUGGUAAGCGCCGCGAGUAACAGUUAACUUCGAACUUUUGCAGUAUUUGUGUUGGAAUGCUCUAAAAGCAGACAGAUAUGGAUAAUUUCAGAUGCCUGAAAUAAUAUCUCCGAUAGAAAUCACGAUGUAGUGAUUUGUGUUCAAAUGAUCGGUAUUCGAGAACAAUUUCCCCAAACUUUGAAAGAACAAGUAUCUUACGUUUCGCUACGGUUUUCGCAGAAUUCAAACUACAUCACUUUGGAUUUAACAUCGAUUUUAGAGUGAAAUUCUACAUUGGUGAGGCCAACUAGGAAUCACCCAACCAGUUAUUAAUAGUCACAUUUUCUGUAAUUUCCCCUGAUAAAUUUUAUUCAUUUUAAUCCAUGAUUUGAUUGGUUCACUGACUGUUGUUAACAUGAACUGUCUUAUCACGGUGUCGAUUAGUAUUCAGAUUAGGAACGCUAGCUCAAUCGAUACAUACAACUAACCAACUAUGAUUAUAAUUGGCUCUUAUGUUUUAAUAACAACCUUUGUUAACAUCCAAAUGCUCCAUUGUUAUAGGUUUGUUGAAAUACUAACCAUUGGCAGUCAUUUUACCACAUUGUUUGCAGAUUCUGGGAUUGGUUAAUUCACUGAUGUUGUUGGGUUUUCAAUAACUGUUCCAAUUUUUUGUUAGCAUUUCGUUUUAGCGACUGUCAUACUGAUAAUUUUUGUGUUAAUCGGUUGCUUUCAUUUUAUCGCACUGGGAAAGCAAUAUACUCCCUGCUUGUUGGGAAUGUUUAUCAUUGUUAGCAAGCAAUUAGUUGUACGAUUCUUAAAUUCUUAUUUAAUUUUAUCUUAUAGUUUGAAUGUUAACUUUUGGGCAAACGGAGUUUCUCUAUCCCUUUCCUUUAGAUAGAACAUUGUUCCUUGCUUGAUGGGAUAAUUUUUGUGUUUAACAAAUAAUCAGUUUGUAUUCUUUACGAUUUGGUAAUGUUCGUGGUCGAAAUGGUGCACACAAAGAACAACUAAGUGUUUGUUUGUAAUUCCUAGUAAACAGGAUGUUAUUUACCAAUCAG